AUGGCCUGGUGCAGUCGGACCGCGCGGUCGACGGGCCCACCCGGCGCAAGCACCGCGACCACGGUCGGGCCGGGCAGCUACAGCUCGAGCUCGAGCUCGUACCAGCCCAAGCCCAGCUUUGCCGCCUUUGGCUCGUCCGGCGCCAAGCAAGCGGCGACCGACCUGCUCAUGCGCACACCAGGACCCGGCGCGUACGAGAACGACCGCAUCGCGCAUGUGCUCGCAAUCGCCGAGACGAAGAGCUCGUUCUUCAAGUCGACGUCCGAGCGCAGCACGGCCAAGCUCGGCCUCGCAAGCACGCCCGGCCCAGGCAGCUACAAGGGCGCCGAAGUGAGCUUCAUCGCCGGGAAGCGAGCCAAGCCUCUAUCGCCUUCUCGUAGACGCCGGUCGAGCUCGGACCCCAUAGCCCCGAAGUCGGGCAAGGUCAAGUGGAUCCGCGUCCCAACCGCGCCGUCGAUUCCCCACAUUGGCCAAAGCUUUGGCUACGAAGAAGGUCCAAAAGGUCAAAUGAUUGCACAAAAGCCUGCGCACUUGGGCCACUCCGGCCGCGCCGAAGACCUCACGGGCCCUGGCGAGUACGACCCUCUCGACGCGAUCCACCGCUUGGACCGGCCAAAGGGCACCAACUUUGCCAAGUCCCGUACAGUGCGCGACAAGCCGACCAAGAAAGAUGCGCCAGGUCCCGGCGCGUACGACCCAGACCCGGCGCCACUACGCAGUGCCUUUGCCAAGCCCAGCGCAGUCUUCCAGUCGAAUUUAACGCGCGAAAAGGCGGCGCGGCCCGUGCGCGAUGCGACGCCGAUUCCAGGCCCCGGAGCUUACAAGCAGCCAGUGGGCAUCAAGCCUGCGCGAAAGCCAGAGCAUUUGCAAUUCUUCGGAAGCACGUCGUCGCGCUUCGAGGCGGAAAAGCUCGUGGCACAUCCGUCGCCCGUGUACACGCCCGAGCCGCGACCGACGCCGGGACACCACGGCCCGACGCGCCACGCCGCACCGUUUGCUUCGACGCAGGACCGGUUCGAGACGACCAUGACCAAGGAGCAGUUUGACAUUGGGCCCGGCUCCUACGAAGCGUCUUCGAUCGUCAAGGAGCUUUCGCACAAAACGACGGGACGGGCGGGCGUGUUUGGCUCGACGACGAGGCGGUUUGAGGCGCCAAAGUCGAGCUCGGAUGCACUGUUGGAAAAGAUCCUUGAGCACAGUGCCGGCGCCGCCAGUGCGAGCAAUCAAGAGUCGUCGUCCCCCGAGAACGCCAAGAAGAAGACAUCGAGCUUCGCGUCGGGCACGGCCCGCUUCGUGGACGGCAAGAAGGAUGCGGCACCGUGCGUGGGCGAUUAUGAGAUAUCCAUGUCCUGGGACAAGCCGGGCGGCCGCUCGACCUUUGCCUCGCAUUUAACGCGCGACGUCUCUCAGAAGGACAAGCUCGCGAUCCCGGGCCCCGGCGCAUACUCGACGCCCGACGUCGCCAAGCUCCAAAAACCACUCAACCGACGUGGUGACGUGUUCGUCUCGACGGAGCCGCGCUUCAAGAAGACGCUGACGCCGCUCGCCAAUGUGGGCCCUGGCGCGUACAACCCCGAUACAAUCGAGUCGGACUGGAAUCGACCGACGUACAACAUCACGAUUGCAACCGAGAUGGAGCGACGCUUGGCGUAAGGAGGCGCGAGAUUCGCGACCAAUGUACUCUCAACAAUGCGUCAACGUGUACC